AUGUUGAUGUUUGUGUUUUGCUUUCGCCAACAGAUGGAAAACGCUGGUUACGAGCUCGAGCGUCUCUACACCGACGUGACGUCUCUCUGUGGCAGAAUCGAACUCCUGCCGUGCAGGACCGCCAGAGACCGGCUCGCCCAAUCAGAAAUGGCGAAGCGUGUUUCCAACAUCCUGCGUGUGGUGCUGAGUCUGCAGCAGGGCGACGGUGCGUCCGACUCCCUCAGCAUCCCGCUCGCCCAGCUGGCUCCACACAUCACCCGCCUACCGAUGCCGGAGGACUACACGCUGGAGGAGCUGCGAGGCCUCACGCAGUCGUACCUUCGACAGCUCAUCAUCAGCCAAUGAGAGCACAGAACGAGAGCAGAGACUUUGUCAUGUCAAGAUCACACAUUGAUGAUGUCAUCAGUGAAUCAUGGUCACAUGACUGGCGACUGUAGAAACACAGAAACUUUGAGACAUCUGUAACCAUGGUAACAAACUGACCAGUGAAGACGAGGUGAUCAGCCGAUCUUUGUUUUCGGGAACGCGUCGGACUCAGUAAUUAUUUCUGCUCGGGACGUUUGAGUAGCGUCUUCGUCAUCGCGCGAUGAUGUGACUCUGAAUGACUCGUUUGACCUCUGACCCCAAACAAGCGUCGCCUCAUAGAUAAUCUUUUCCUUUUCAAACAUGUGGUUUUUAUAAGUGACAGCAGCGUCUGUUGAUAUGUGAAUAAAGAUGGUGGACGAGCGGCGGCGUCGAACAAGCGACUCGACGUGGGGAGUGAAAAAUGUCUGACGUCUAUUUUUGUAGAUUCCUGCUUUUUCAGUUUGGUUUGAAUGUUAAUGGAACGUGUGACAGUGAUAAACAACAAACAGGUUUAUUUUUAUUAGUUUCCUCAGUGAAGAGUUUCACUCAGAACCCGAUUCUCUGAGUUUAAAUACAUUUUAUAUUUGUGGAGAAUCAAACAUCACAUUAUUCAAACCUGAUUCAAAGCGUUGGGACUGAAACUCUUCACUGAUCAAUGUGUUGAUUGAUUUUUGUUGCACUCAUCUUGC